UCCAGUGUGGCACGGGACAAAAUACGCACGUCUACUGUGAUUGUACGUGUUUUCCCUCUCCCCGGUCCCCAAAACAAACUAGGCCACAACUGUAAACGACGACACAGGCAAGCGGUGGAUAUGUCGUCAGCAUAUGCAGCUGCUAUAUCCGCUCUUAUCACAAACAGCCUCUCAGAUACACCCAACCAAGCCAAUUCUGCCCCAGGGUCACAAACUACCCAGACUGACAAAAUCAGCUCACACAGUAAGCCAGCUCCCCACCUUAAGUCUGCACAGUCCCAGUCUCAACCACCAGAGCUUCCAGGCCCCAUUGAGGAACAGGAGAAUCCAGAAGACUACGGUGUUGGUGGUUAUUAUCCUGUGGAAACUGGAGAGAUUUUUGUUGACCGCUACCAAGUGGUGAAGAAGUUAGGAUGGGGUCACUUCUCAACAGUGUGGCUCUGUUGGGAUAUGGUAAAUAGGCAAUUUGUUGCUCUGAAGGUGGUAAAGAGUGCACAGACUUUUACAGAGACGGCUCUAGAUGAAAUCAAGCUUCUUAAAUGUGUGAUGGAGAGUGACCCCAAGGACCCCAGAAGGGAAAGAAUAGUUCAUCUCCUUGAUGACUUCAGAAUUGCUGGCGGAAAUGGGGAACAUGUGUGCAUGGUUCUUGAAGUGUUGGGCGACCAAGUGUUGAGAUGGAUUAUUAAAUCCAACUACACUGGUCUACCACUGCCCUGCGUCAAGAGAAUUGUCAGACAGGUAUUACAAGGUUUGGAUUACCUCCAUAGCAAAUGCAAGAUCAUCCAUACAGACAUCAAGCCAGAAAACAUUCUUUUGAGCGUGGAUGAAAAGUACAUACAAAAGCUUGCGGCCAGUACUAAACUAUGGCAGCUUCCAGUGCAGCCUGCGUCACCCAGCUCGACAGUGAACAAAAACCCCAGAGAUAAACAGAGUUUGUCCAACUUAUGGGGGAAGCUGACUGGGGUUUUCCAUUCUCUUGGGGAGUGGUCCAACAAAGUCUCCAAAAGUCCAUUUGAGCGACUGACGAGAAGAGACAGGAGUCGGCGGGGACAGAAGCACAAAGACAAAGCUCACAUUCCCUUCUCUGACGUGCCUAGCCACAGUCACAGCUGCACCGGCCGCUCAAAGAUCUCAGACCUGGAUGUCUCUUUCAGGAGACAGACACUGCUCCUGGAGGAUGGCCAUGACUCCACUCCUUACAGCUACAGAGAGUCCAUGUGCUCUUUACCAGACCUGAGCAGACAUUUUACUGUCUCAAGAUCUAUGUUACUACAACAGCCACCUUAUAAACAGCCACCUCCGAAGAAUGCUGAAGACUCAGAUAGUGACUUGGACUUAUUGAAUCCACAGAAUGCUGAUAAAAUCAAAACUAAAGCUGAUCUUGGCAACGCCUGCUGGGUGCACAAACACUUCACUGAUGGUAUCCAGACAUGUCAGUACCGCUCAGUGGAGGUUCUUAUCGGCGCUGACUACAGCACGCCUGCGGACAUCUGGAGCACGGCCUGUGUGGCUUUUGAGCUGGCCACGGGGGACUAUCUGUUUGACCCGCAAGCAGGAGCUACCUUUUCCCGAGAGGAAGAUCACAUUGCCCACAUAAUAGAACUGCUCGGACCACUGCCCUCCCAAUUUGCUCUUUCAGGAAAGAACUCCAAAUUGUACUUCAACCGCAAAGGUAACUUGCGGCGCAUUUCAAAACUCAAACCAUGGAGUUUAUUGGAGAUCCUGCUGGAUAAAUAUGAGUGGCCCAGAGAGGAGGCAGUCCAGUUCAGCUUGUUCCUGCAGACCAUGCUGGAGAUUUUGCCUGAGAGGAGAGCCACUGCUGCACAAUGUCUCAAGCACCCAUGGAUCACCUCCUAAAAACUGUAUACAUUUAAUUCUCUUUCCACACAUUUUCUUCACUCCCUGCCAAAGAAACAUUUGUAUGCACAGUUUCUCACACAAUAGUCCAAAAGAGGCACAUGUAUGACACUAAGGAAGCAAGAAAGAUGUAUGACUGUAAUUUAUUCAGACAAGGCUCAGUCUUCUAGAAACACAAGAAAACAAGAGAUGCCUCAAUACAUCACCCCAGGCAUUAAGCUAUUUUUUUUAUUCCUUUGAAAACAUCCAAACAUAUUCACUGAAAUUAAUAAAUUGGU